CUGGACCCGUUGCGUAGGGCAUUCAUUACGGAGGGGGGAAACUAAAAAGCUUAAAUACCGAUUCUUUCUCUUCUCAUUUUCCACAAAUAUAUCAGAGAAAGCUCCACUCAUUAUUGGAGCCUCCGAGAGAGGAUAAACAAAAUCUUAGUUGUGCCAGGUCGCAUCUUUCUUUGAUGAAUUGUAUUAUCGAUCUCAACCACACGCAUUCUCUACUUGCUUCAUGAAUUGCUAUUAUUUCAGCAUGAUUUGAAGAAGUAGCAACGAUAGACUGCUUUGUAGAUUAUCAUGAUACAACAGUUCCUCCGUGUGUAAAUAGAUAGUCUGUUUGAGAUCGAGCUUUAUGUGGGUCUGAUAAAUAACCUGCAUUUGCAUAACCAAUAAGGUUACUGAACAAUGGGUGCAGGAGGUCGAAUGUCCACUCCUUGUGAGGGCAACAAGUCUCAAUCUGAUGUCCUCCAAAGAGUUCCCCAUUCUAAACCACCCUUCACAGUGGGUGAGAUCAAGAAAGCCAUCCCACCCCAUUGUUUCAAGCGAUCUGUCCUACACUCUUUCUCUUACUUUUUUUAUGACCUCAUAAUAGCCUUUCUUCUCUACUAUGUUGCAACCAACUAUUUCCAUCUUCUCCCUUACAACCUCUCCUACAUAGCCUGGCCACUUUACUGGAUCUGCCAAGGCUGUAAUCUAACAGGAGUUUGGGUCAUAGCACAUGAAUGUGGUCACCAUGCCUUCAGUGACUAUCAAUGGCUUGAUGACACUAUUGGCCUUGUUCUACACUCGGCUCUCCUUGUUCCCUAUUUCUCAUGGAAAUAUAGUCAUCGUCGCCACCAUUCCAAUACAGGUUCAUUGGAUCGUGAUGAAGUAUUUGUACCAAAGUUGAAGUCGAGUAUGAAAUGGUUCUCCACUUAUCUCAACAAUCCACCAGGAAGAAUCCUUGUACUUGUUGUCCAGCUCACUCUAGGCUGGCCUCUAUACCUCAUGUUUAAUGUUUCAGGGCGACCCUAUGACCGGUUUGCUUGCCACUUUGAUCCCAAUAGCCCUAUCUACACAGAUCGUGAGCGCCUUCAGAUCUUUGUAUCUGAUGCUGGUAUAUUUGCUGUUCUCUAUGGACUUUACUGUCUUGUGGCAGCAAAAGGAUUUGCGUGGGUUGCCUGUGUUUAUGGAUGUCCAUUACUCAUUGUGAACGGAUUCCUCGUAUUGAUCACAUAUUUGCAGCACACACACCCUUCAUUGCCUCAUUAUGACACCUUAGAAUGGGACUGGUUGAGGGGUGCUCUUGCAACAGUUGACAGAGACUACGGAAUUCUCAACAAGGUAUUCCAUAACAUCACAGAUACUCAUGUCGCACACCAUCUGUUCUCGACCAUGCCACACUAUCACGCAAUGGAAGCCACAAAGGCUAUAAAACCAAUAUUAGGUGACUAUUAUCAAUUUGAUGGGACAUCGAUUUGGAAGUCCAUGUAUAGAGAAGCAAAACAGUGUGUUUACGUUGAGCCAGAUGAAUGUGACCAGAACAAGGGUGUCUUUUGGUAUAAAAACAAGCUUCAUUAGACAUACUUUGCUUGACCAUGGGCAAGGCUGAUAAGUUCAAGUCCCCUGCUAGAAGGGAUUUGCUUCCUUUUUCUUCGAAUUUAGGCUUGUUUUGAUUGAUACUGGAUUCCAGUUUUCAGUAAAGUAAUUUCGUUGAUUUCAGAUAA